AUGCUGGAUGCCGCUGCAUCCGCUUCCAGCCUGCUCAUCUUCACAGGCAGUGGACUCUCUGCCACGUCAGGCAUGUCCACGUUCAGCACAAAGGGCGGACUGUAUGAGCGGGCACAGAAGCGGUUUGGGGUGACGGACGGCAAGAAGCUGUUCACAUACUCCUUCUUUGAGAAGCAGCGCCUUGAAGCCAUGGCGUUCUAUGCAGACAUCUACGCAGAGGCGAAGCGAGCGAAGCCGUCUGCGGGGCACCGCGCGCUGGCGGCCAUAGCAGCGAUGGGAAAGAUGCAGCGGCACUACACAAUGAACAUCGAUGGCCUUGCAGAGAGCGUGGGGCUGACCACCUGGCAUCCCGACACCAACCCCUCAGGGCAAACGCUGGAGAUGCACGGCAACAUCCACGAGCUGGUGUGCCCGGAGUGCGGCGCAGUGUCGGAGGUGACGCCCCAGCACGUGCGCACGAUACGCGCGAAACGCGCGCUGCGCUGCGGCCAAUGCGGCGACGCCGACCUGCGCUGCCGAGUCAUGCUCUACGAUGACGGCGAAGCGGCCGUGAUCACUCCGGAGGAUGUGUUUGAUGUGCUGGAGGAUGACGUGGCGGCGGUUGACAUGAUCCUUUGGGUCGGCAUCUCCUUCCAGCAGUCCGCCUCUACCGCCUACUUCCGCCGAGUCCGCCACUGCCUGCAGGAUGCUGGGCGGCUGCAGGAAUGCAAGCAGGUGGUGGUCAAUCUGAGCGAGGACUGCCUCUGGAACCUGCUCUCCGCCCUCUCCAACACAGACGAUCUGCAGGUGAUCGAGGUGCUGGCGUCCAGCGAUGAAGCUCUGCCGAAGCUGGCCGCCCGCCUGGCGCAGACGCCGGCAGCUGCGCGGCAGCCGCUGCUGGAAACCCUCCCGCCGCCCCCUGAGCCCUGCGCGUCCCCGUCCCUGUCUCCAAAGGAGUCCCCUGCGCAGCAAGCUGACUGUGCCGCAGAUACUGCAGUACAAUAUAAGAGCAGCCCUGACAGCCUCCCUGCUUUGCUCCCCGCACAACCACCACAGACCGCAACCGGCAGCCGGCCGGCAAACGGCGCGCAGCCGUCAGGGCAGCAAAGGGAGCCGUUUCCAGAAGUGAGGUUCCCAGCGCGGCCAUCUGUGUCACAGCAGGACCACGAGCAACAGCUGGCGUCAGAAGCAGCAGAGGUUGAGGCCCUCGGCCAAGGCAUGGAGUCAAAGAGGGCCAGGUCCGAGCCUCCCUAUGCCAUGCAUGACUUCAUACAUGCCCGUCCCGGAUUUUUUGCCUCGGCACGUCGGGCUGCAGAGCGGGCCGGGGCGCGCACGGGAAAUGGAAGCUGCACAGAAGCAGACGACGAGGCGACACAGAACGUUCCGGAGAAUCUUCCUCGGCCGCCGCUCGCCAGAGCGCCGGCAGCCCCUGCGUGCGCUGACUCAGCGGCUGCAGCUUCCGUGCGCGAGGAAGCUGCUGCAGGGUUUGGCGGACUCUGCAAGGAGCAGGAUGCUGUGAAUGGCAGAGGUGUGCGACUGGGGGGCGGGUGCAGCGCGCUCAUAGAUGGCAUAGGGACUGCGGCUAAGUUGGACCCACACCGGCUGGCACCUGCAGGGCCCUUGCCUGCGAGCUGA